CUACCACUGAUACUACUGAUCCUACUACGGACACUACUACUAGUACUACUAGUACUACUACUGAUCCUACUGCAGCUGUCGUCGUGACUCCAUCUGAUGAUCAAACAGAGGAGGAGGAGGAGGAGGAGGAGGAGGAAGAAAUAGAUGAACUAAUCAAAGGAAGCUGCGUUGCCAUGACAGCGACAGAUGCUGACUCAGCAGAUGAAGAAGAAGAAGAAGAAGAAGAAGAAGAAGACGGCGAGAAGGAAACCGCCGCCGGAGACGAGUCGGGUGACGGUCAGCAGGUGUUUGAUCUCCAGCCAGGAGCCGUCGAGGACGAGUUUGUCUCCGAGCAGAAAUCCUCGACACCGACCAGAGAGAGACCAGCUCCUCCGGGCAGCCUGGCUCUGUCGGGGUCACGACCAAAGAAGAAGAAAGUCCUGCUGGCUCCAGCUCUCAGUCUGUCUCUGGGUCACAGCGAGUCGACGGUCUCAGACGACUACUCCUCGGCGUUCCUCUCCCCCUCACCUGAAGACGACGAGGACACGGGGCUGGACUUCGACCUGGACGCCAUAGAAACGCCCUCCGACAGCGAGUCGCUGCCCUUCCCCAUCUAUGACCUGGAAGACGACAUGCGGCGUCUCGGCGUGGCGUCCGGCCCCCGCAGAGCAUCGGGCCCCAGGUCCGGUUCUGGACCAGGGGCGGUGGAUCAGAGCGGACCGGGAUCUCUGGAGCAGGAGGACCAGGUGGACAGCCGGGGAACCAGGUGGCGCUGUUUCUCCACAGGUGACCCGCCGCAGGAGAGCCGCGUCAACAUGAGCGUGCUGCAGCCGUUCCUGCGCGUUCUGUCACACGGAGGUUACUAUGGAGACGGUAUGAAUGACAUCAUCGUGUUUUCUUCCUGUUACCUGCCAGAGAGCAGUCUGGAGAAUUACCAGUAUGUGAUGGACAACCUGUUCAGGUACGUUGUGGGGACUCUGGAUCUGAUGGUAUCAGAGAACUAUGUGAUGGUUUAUCUCUGCGCUGGAGGACAGAAGGAUAAACUGCCGGGAAUCAGCUGGCUGAGAGAGUGUUACACCACCAUCGACAGGAGGCUGAGGAAGAACCUGAAGGGUUUCUAUGUGGUUCAUCCCACCUGGUACAUCAAAGCCCUCAUCACCAUCAUCAAACCCUUCAUCAGCUCCAAGUUCAGCAGGAAGCUCCAGUUCGUCGACAGCCUCCAGGGUCUUUCUCACUUCAUCCCCACUGAGCAUGUGCAGAUCCCAGACUGCGUCAGAGAGUACGACCAGAGCCUGUCCAGGUGAAAGAAGAAGAAGGAGAAGAAGAAGAAGGAGAAGGAGAAGAAGAAGAAGAAGGUGAAGGUAUUUCCGAGCGUCCUGUAGUCCUGCUGCUGUGAUGUCACAGGCGGAGCUUCAGUGUUGCUCAGAGACACUUCGGCGGCGUUUUAAAGACCAACGCCGGCUGUCGCAGCGAGCGGCGGGAAAAUCAUCAGAUUUGAGCCAAACAGGAAGUGAAGAACAAAAACGCUCUGCCGAUCCUCCGCGUGCUCCUCCGAACGGCGAUGAUGACGACUUUAACCUUCAUCUCUUCAAGUUUCUGCUUUUACAGUAAAUAAAGUUCAUGUGUUUGUUUACAGCAUCAUGUAAACAAACUACAACAGGAUCAAUAUUCUGAGGAAAAUGUUUAUUUAAUCCCUGAUUUUAUUUUAAGAGCAAACAUUUCAAAUGAUUUGAUUUUAUAAAAGAAAGAAGUUCUUUAUCUCGUCCUCACAGCUGUUCUAUUGAUAACACAGCUGAUUAUCUGGUUGACUUAUAAAUCAUUCAUUCUUUAUAAUUUAGAGAAAGAAAUGUCUGUUUGGAAAAAUACUUGAAAAUUGUCUGAUGAUCACAUGACAGUUUCCAUCUACACAGUAUUAAACUUCAGUUUUUACUCAUGUAGACGGUAAAAAGUUCAUUUCCUCCUCUUGAAAGUUUGUCUUUUUAACAUCAUCAGAGCCAGAAGAGAUUUCCACAUGUUGAACAAACUGAACUUUCAGUAUUUUAACUGUUAACCUGCCAGACUCGCUGCUUUGCUUUAAAACGGGUUAAAUGUUCUCGGUUUGGAAUAAAGUCGUUUCCAAGUUUGAUGUUUCUGAAACAUUUUAUCAUCAUAAAACCUCAAACUGUUCACACUGUAC